GUUAUUUUUUUUUUCUUAAUUCACUGUUUGGUUGUGCAGGCAAAGCAUAUUUGAAUCAAAGAGAAGAAGUGAGAUCCCCCACUCAAUUUGCUCAAAAUAAUUUAAAAUGGCUGGCAGACACCGCAUUCCUCGUGAGGCCUUCAAUGACUUGCGGGGAUUUCCUCCUGAAAGACCUUUCCACCGUGGUCCUCCUCUGCCACAGCGACCUCCUCAUCCUGCGUUAUUGGAGGAAGAACUUGAGAUGCAACAUUCUGAAAUUCGGAGGCUUUUGAGUGAUAACGGCAGGCUGGCAGAAGAUCGAAUGGCUAUACAACAAGAGCUUGGUGCUGCGAAAGAUGAAAUUCACCGCUUGAAUCUUGUCAUUGGUGACAUUCGUGCUGAGCAAGAGCUGCACUCGAGGGCACUUAUUGACAGAGGCUUGAUGCUGGAGGCAGAUCUCCGUGCAACUGAGCCACUGAAGAAGGAGGCUGUGAAACUCCGUGCAGAAGUUAAAAAACUGAAUAAUCUUAAGCAGGAACUAACUGGUCAAGUUCAGACUCUCAAGCAAGAUGUGGCCAGGCUGCAAGCAGAUAAUCAACAGAUGUCUGUUCUAAGAGCAGAAAUUGAUGGCCUGCACCAGGAAUUGAUGCGUGCAAGGAAUGCCAUUGAUUAUGAAAAGAAGGCAAAUAGUGAGCUGAUGGAGCAGAGACAAGCAAUGGAGAAGAACAUGGUCUCCAUGGCACGUGAAGUUGAAAAGCUACGUGCAGAACUUUCCAUUGUGGAUGGAAGACCUUGGGCUGCUGGUGGACCAUAUGGAAUGAAAUUCAACAGUUCAGAAGGGGCUUUUCCUGCAUCAUAUGAAGGAUAUGGAGCUCAUCUGGCUGCUGCUGAUAAGGGUCCUUUUCAUGGUCCUCGUCCUGGGACUUGGGAGAAGCCUCGCACUACACGCCGCUAGCAGAGUUUUGCUUAACGGAAGAAAUGCGAAAUUGUUGCUUCAUUUUGGAAGUGCAAAAUAUUGGACAAUGUGGAGUUCGUCCUCUAUAUUUGCCUGCCAAAUCAGUAAUUUUUAUCCAAUACAUUGUUAGCCAUGUUAAGCUUCUUAUAUAAGAUUUGGUGUUGCUUUCUUUUCAUUGGUAGUGGAAGUGGUACUCCUUAUAUGCACGAAACCGUAAAAUGAUAAUUUUAACUUCUGUUGGGUCAAAAUUUCAUCAUCAUUUUUUAUUGUUGUUUGUUUUAUUUUAUUAACUGUGCUGCUUGAAUAUAACUAAUGCUACUUUAGGUAUAAAUUCUGCCCCCCUAAAUAAGGUAGUUAAUCUUGGGUCCAUUUGAAGUUUACAGCCCAUGAAUGAAGCUUGUGGUUACUACCUAGUACCUACAUGUUAAUAUACAUCUACCCUACCCUUUUGACCUGUUCAGCAAAAUUCCUGGAACCAUCUGUCUUAGAUAGUAGAUCAUAGAAGGCUGCAAUGAUGUUCUGUCUUGCUGCAGAGAGAUAAUGUAGCUAAUGCUACUUUAGGUAGAAAUGUUGCCCCCUAAAUAAGGUAGUUAAUCUGGGGUCAAUUUGAAGUUUACGACCCAUGAAUGAAGCUUUUGGUUAUUACCUACAUGUUAAUAUACAUGUUACUUUUUUUACCUAUUCGGCAAAAUUCCUGGAACCAUCUGUCUUUGAUAGAUCAUAGAAGGCUGCAAUUGCUUGUUGCAGAAAGGUAAUGUAGCAUCCAAUCGUACACAAACUGUAUGUCUUAGUCUUGUAAAUUAUUUUAUUUACUAGGUUGUCUCAUGAAACACUUGAAUUGUAGUGUUUUUGUUAGAGGGCACUUUUUUCUUGAAAAUUGGAAGUUAUAAUUUGGUGAAUAUCAUUGGAGGGGAAUGUGUUAAUCUUGAGUGUAUCAUUUUCUAUCUGAAAUAAAUGGGAUGUUAUUUGCAUGUUAUAAUUUGGUUCUGGAUAUAUGCAUUUCGAGUAUUUGACCUGGGAGCAGAAGUCUGUGGGUGGAUAUGGUUCAACUAGCUUCGAGCGGCCACUUAGCUUCGAGUGGUCACUUUAUGGACAUUGUUGGGAGUUGAAUCAAAUUUCGAAUGCAUGCUAUUCCUUCAAAGUUGUGCAGUUUUGGCCUGUAAUUCAGGGUGUUAUAAGUUGGAGUUUUGUCAGGAAAAGAAAUGUGUGAAUGAAUUCUUCUCUCAAAUGAUAUAGAAAUUCAAUUGGAUAAUGAGAAUGGCCUCAUGCACUAGAAGCAUACUGUUUAAAGCAUUCAGGAGCUGCCCUUUUAUGUGCUUUUAUUAGCUCUUAUUUCUUGAUUUCUGCUGUUGUGGCGUAUGAUGUAUGGUUGCUGCGAAAUUAGAGAACGUGCUGUGCUUUUAGGUAUUUGGUGCUCUUCUUGCUAGCAACACUUAAGAGGAGAACCAUUUGUCUUAAAUUUACUGGAAGUUCCCUUUCGCAUCCACUGACAUAGGGUGGUGUUCGUGUUUGAAGCUUGGAGGUCAAAUGUUUUAGAGAAUAAUAUAAAAUGGUAUGGUGUGCACGCGAAUGAGGACCUAUUUAGAUAUCUUUCUUGGAAUUUGGUUCCUAUGUUAUUAUUCCAUUUUGGAAUAUAUUACUUGGAAAACAGAUGAAAGAGUAUUUAUUUCCAUAUAUUCUUGUGGUCUGUUGAGAAUAUGCUGAAGAGCUAGACCAUAAUUGGUUUUGACUUCUCUUGGAUUUUGGCUUGAGGUAUCUGGGAUGAAGUAUUUAUCUUGACAUUGAUUGUAGAAGUUGGUAGAACUACUUAUAAUUUCCUAUGAAGAUAGAAGUUUU